GAGGAGAGAGGGAGGGAGGGAACUAGGAGGAAGAGAAAUAUGUUUCUUCUGUGAAAGCAUCUGAUCUCAAGAUGUGGAGACUUUUUAUCAGGGAAACAAAUAAGGAAGAUUACUGAAGAGUUUUUUUUACUUUUAUUGAUAAAACGCAGGAUAAAGCAUUUGGACAGAAUUAUCACCAGCAUUAACUAAACAUUCAUGCAAAUACAUUAAUACACUUGAAGUGUAAUUUUUGUGAAUGCAGCAGUGUUCUGGAAAAAUGUGGACCUGUAUAACAGAUUUCUUUACCUAUGAGACGACCAAAUCCGUGGUGGUAAAGAGCUGGACCAUCGGCAUCAUCAACCGUGUUGUCCAAGUCCUCAUCUUAACGUACUUCAUUGGCUGGGUGUUUUUGUAUGAGAAAGCAUAUCAAGUGCGAGACACAUCUAUCGAGUCAUCAGUGAUGACUAAAGUGAAAGGUUUCGGAGAGUAUAACAACCGGAUCAUGGAUGUAGCCGAUUAUGUCACACCAACUCAAGGGGCGUCAGUUUUCUGCGUCAUAACAAAGCUCAUCACGACAGAGAACCAAGUUCAAGGAAACUGUCCAGAGAGUGAGAUGAAAUUCAAAUGUGACAAUGACAGUACUUGUAAGAAGCAGAUGUCAAAACCAUCAAGCAAUGGGUUGCUGACAGGACGAUGUGUGAACUUCAAUACUACCCAUAAAACCUGUGAGAUCAAAGGAUGGUGUCCCGCAGAGAUUGAUGAAAUUCAACCAAACCCCAUGAUGGAGGUGGAGAACUUUACCAUUUUCAUCAAGAACAGCAUUCGCUUCCCACGUUUUAACUUCACAAAGGGAAACUUUUUGCCCAAUAUCAAUAGUAGCUAUAUAAAGAAAUGUAACUUUGACUCUGAGAGUAACAUGUAUUGUCCAAUAUUCAAAGUGGGUGAUGUGAUCCGAUUUGCACAACAAGACUUCACCACUCUUGCUAAAAAAGGAGGAGUGAUAGGGAUAAAAAUAGCAUGGGUAUGUGAUUUAGACAAGGCAGAUGAUGAGUGUAAGCCCGCCUACUCCUUCACUCGUCUGGACGCCAUGUCAGAGAAGACCACUGUGUCUCCGGGAUACAACUUCAGGUACGCAAAGUAUUUUCAAAUGGAGAACGGAACUGAGUAUCGCACUCUGCUGAAAGCCUACGCCAUCAGAUUCGAUGUGCUGGUUAAUGGAGAUGCUGGGAAAUUUGACAUGAUACCAACUCUAAUCAACAUGGUUGCUGCCUUCACCUCUGUUGGUGUGGGUACAGUGCUUUGUGAUAUAAUUCUGCUGAACUUCUUGAAAGGAGCUGACCAGUACAAGGCCAAGAAAUUUGAAGAGGUAUCAGAUUCACAUAUUCAGAGCACUAGUUCAUUCUACAGGUCCAGAGACCACAGCCAGCAUUCAAUCAAACCUGAUGAGAAGUUCUCGACUGACUCCGGAGCAUUUUCCAUUGAACGCUAUAGUUAAUAGUGCCCACCACAGCGCUUGGGAAGGAUUGCAAAAAAGCAUUCUCAUUUUUUUCAUUAAUU